AUGCAAGAGAAUGCUGCGCUCAUGAAGCCAGGUAUGACGGACGACGAGCAACAGCCGUCCAAGCGACGUCGUCGCAGCCGGCGCGCUCCAUCCGAUCGUAAAUUCGACUGCACCCACGAAGGCUGCGGGAAAAGCUAUUCACGCGCUGAGCACCUUUACCGACACCAGCUGAAUCACUCUCCGAAACAAAUUUUCCGUUGCGAUUACCCUAACUGCCAUCGCGCCUUCGUCCGCCAGGACCUUUGCAUUCGGCAUCGCGAGCGUCACACCACCCGCGGCUCACAAUUGCAGAAGCGCGAUUCGUUUGCUAGCGCGAAACACAAUGAUCCUUUCAAAUCAAUGGCUCCAGCCUCGUCGCCUUCGUCUCCAUCUAUGACCGCAGCAGACUACUCGCUGAUGACCGAUCCUGCGCCAAAAUCCAAAUCUCCCCCUAGUGCAACCUACCAAAUGUCCACUGGUAUCGAUGUGGGCGGGCUCCCGGUCUCUGGUUACACUGACAUUACGAGUUCUUUCGAUCAGCCGGAUACUAUGCUCGACUUCGAUUCCAUGUCCAACGCAUAUCCUAUCUUUGGUGGAGAGACCUAUAAUCGAUCGCCAUUCGCGAUGGCGGAUGACUUCGCAGCAUGGCUAUUCAGUGAGCCACUUGCGCCGCUAGGAUUUGGGACUGGCUAUGGUAUGAUGCCAAUGGUCCAGAACCAGUUUUACAUGAACGAAGCAUCAUAUAAUAAUAUCUGCUCGGUCAUCCCACAGCACCCAAUGAGUGUAACCAGUAUAUUGGACUCGGGGAAUCUGCCCGCUCUUAUAUCCAGAGAAAAGCGCCAGGAGCUUCUUCAGUUGAUAAGCAGCCGGUUUAACGAAGCAGCUUAUUCUGCAGAUGUCAAGCGCAAGGACGCUCUGAUGGAUGGGGAUAUCGACGAUGAGCGACAUGUACUAAGCCUGCGAAUGAUACAGACUUACAUUGGCUCGUAUUGGUACCAUUUUCACUCGCAGUUGCCAAUCCUGCACCAGCCGACAUUCUCAGCCGAUCGGACGCCGAAUCUACUCCUCCUGGCCAUCAUAACCAUUGGGGCCGCAACCCUGGAUAAGGCACAUGGACAUCCCACAAUACAAGCAGCUUCUGAUUUAGCUAGCUUCAUCGCUUGGCAUCUUCGCUGGGAGAUCUUCAUGGAUGCGGAUUUUCGACCACCGGCGAAGUUGUGGGUAUUCCAAGCAUUGCUGCUGCUUGAGGUUUACGAAAAGGCGCUUUCCACGCGAGCUUUGCAUGAGCGCGCCCACAUCCACCAUGAUACGACACUUACGCUAAUGCGACGCGGGAGCUCUCUUAUCGGACGAACUUCCUUUGAUACGCCGGAAUCGCGCGAAGAGGACGAAUCUUGGACACAUUGGAUCAAGGCUGAAGCGACACGGCGCGUAGCCUUCGCUGCGUUUGUGCUAGAUUCAACACAUGCCACAAUGUUUGGACACUCGGCAAAAAUGGUUGCCCACGAGUUGCGGCUCCCAUUACCGUGCGAUGAGGCACUUUGGGCAGCGACAAGCGCAGCAGAAGUGGCGCGGGUGCAAUCGAGUCUGCAGUCACACGGUGUGCGACCGGUAAUGUUCUUGGAUGGAUUGAAACGUACCCUUAAUGGGCAGCCCGUACGAACCAAUGCCUUUGGCCGUACUAUUCUGCUUUCUGGGUUAUUGAGCGUAAAUUGGCAUUUAAACCAGAGGGACCUGCAGGUCAGCUCGUUGGGAGUGGGACAGACGUUGGGUGGACGAGAUAAGUGGCGGACUUCGUUACUGCGGGCGUUUGACAAUUGGCGGCGGGACUACGACGAGGCUCUUGGGCCGACGCCUUCAGCCGAGACAGAAUCACGAGAUGUGAUGCAUGGACUUGCCCAUAUGGCCUCGCAUGUGGAUAUAGCCGAAAUACAGAUCUUCGCUGGUGCUGGCCGCCUCAUGGGGAGGUCUAUCACGUCUCGCGAUUAUACUGCGGCGCGGGAGAAGACAGAGCGCUGGGCGACGAAAGCUUCUGCACGAGAUGCCACCUUUUACGCGCUCAAGUUCUUGUCUGCAUGGUUCUUAGACCCGACUGUCCAAGCGUCCGGGUAUGUUGCCCGAGACGAUAACCUGCUUCACCGACCGUGGGUAAUGUAUUUCGCUGCUUUGGUUGUGUGGACAUAUGGGUUCGCGCUGGAUGGGCCAUUGCAGAUGAGGCCGGUUCUCAGUACCCCCGCCGACCGACAACGCGACAUGGAGAUCUAUCUGCAGCGGGUUGGAGGCGUUAAUGAGCCAAAUGAUUUGGAGAACAUGAAGGGUCGUAAUCAGUGCCUAGGGCUGCUAAUGGUUCUACGAGACGCCUUUGCGAACCCUAGAUGGGAGUUGCUGGGUGAAGCAGCGCAGCUACUGGAUAGCUGCAUCACAAAGCUUCAAUUUUGA